GGAUUCGAUACAGUAGAAGUAGUGAAUGUAUUCGAGUGAAACACUCAUACGUUUAUGUGCGUAAGUCUCAACAGUGUGUCGACGGUGGCUGUGUUGGUAUUUUUUUGUUCUGCUUCUUCUUCAUAUAGUUUCAUUUUUUGCUUCGGCUGUCGAGUUGCGUGUAAAGAAUGAAGGUUGUCCAAGACAUUCGUUUGAUUAUAUCUGCAUGUGGCCAUGUUAUUGCCUGUCAUUUAUUUAAUGACAUAUUUAUUUGAUGCGCUUCGUUCUAUCACAAAAUUGUACACAAUUUUUCAAGUAUUUUACUCCGUCGAAAAACACUUCAAUAUUUCUGGUGAAAUUUGUUGUCUCAAUGAAAAUUUACAAGUUUUAAACUACGACAGAAUCAACGAUUCAAACACGUUAAAAAUUAGUGAAAUACUGGGGAGAAUAGAUUUUGUGCAAAGCAUUUAUGUGCAACAGCCAAAAUCAUCAGGAUUCAGUUUUCUGUGGUAUUGAAACACGAAACAAAACGGCUAAGCAAUAUGAGUGAGUUGCAGCAGUCUGUUUCGAAUGAGCAGCUGUUUUACCUCAAAUGGAGCAAUUUCCAGACAAAUGUGAGCUCUGAAUUUAAGAAGAUCCAAGAAGCUGCUGAUUUGGUGGACAUCACCUUUUCAUGCGAUGGAAAGCAAUUUGGUGCUCAUAAGCUGGUGUUGUUCGCAUGCAGUCCGUAUUUUAGAGAAAUAUUGAAGAAGAAUCCGUCUUCACAUCCGGUAUUUUUCAUUAAUGGUGUAAAAAGCGAGGUAUUGCGUGCAAUUUUGGACUUCAUGUAUAUGGGAGAGGUGCAUAUCAACAAUGAGGACUUGAUUGAUUUUUUUGAAAUGGCAGAACAAUUUAAAAUCCGUGGCGUGACCAAGGAGAACUCGGACGCAAGCAUAUCGAAUAUACGACGAAAUGAUGGCGGCCUCGAGAAGCAACGCAAGCACAAAAAGAUUCGUUUAGACGAUUUGAAUGAGGGUACUACAGCCACCGAUGCCAUAUUGAUUGAGGCAAAAACUGAAAUUGAAUUUGGCGAUCAAUCGUGUCAAGCGAAUCAAGCAGCAAGUACUUAUGGCAACACAAACGUUGAUUAUGGAAAGGCACAUCAAAGGAUGGCAUACGAUGAUCCUGGGCCAAGCAGCGUUCCGCACAAUGAACAAUGGCUUGACGAGAAACAUUUUUUGGCACAACAGGGACCGAACAGUGCAAACUCAAGCACAACGGCAAAUUCAUCAAGCAACAAUGACGACACCGAACAACAACGAUGCAAAUCAUCAAAAAAUUAUAAAGCACUUGAACCAUGCUCCUGCCCUUUGUGUGCUCGCGUUUAUUCCAAUGUUUCAAAUCUAAGACAGCACAUGCGGCUCAUUCACAAUCCAACAUCUGUGUGUUGUCCAUUGUGUCAAAAGUCAUUUACAUCCGACUUAUACCUCAAGCGUCAUUAUUUAUCCAUGCACGGUAGUACAAUCCCUGCCCAAACCGAAACAAAUAUACAACAAAAUAAUCCAAACUCAUCUCAAUUGCAAAAUACACAACCAACAACCCAACCACAACAGACUCAAAGCCAACCGCAGCAACCAACACAACAACAGGCACACGCUGUCGUUCCAAAACAUGUGAAUCCGAGCAAUGCAAUGCCAUUUCAUCUUUAUGCCAGCACAACGAAACGUGAAUAUGCAGAAUUGCAUACCAACACCACCCAGGGAGCUACAAAUCCUGUGUCCGUUGAUGGAAAACAAACGCAAAUGUCACAAUGGGGCUACGAUGCGAACAAAGUUGAAUAAAUCCACCAAAAAGCAAAAGCAGUCGAUAAGACUUCGACCACCUGUAAUAGGGUAAAAUGAAUCCUGGGCCGACAUAUAUUUAAAAUUGAAUGAAUGCACAGUGAUUUGUCGCCAGAAUAUUUAGAUUUAAAUAGCUUCUUGUAAAGCCAUGUGAAAUAAUAGAAUCGCUGUGCUAAUCCGUGGCGAAUAUUAAAUGGAAAAUUAGAAAAUAAUAUAGCUUAUAUAUUACGGCAUGGUUCCAGAUAGAGACAAAGUUUUUUUAGGUCUGUUGGCAAUAAGUCAACAUCGUGUUUGAACGGAAAAUGAUUCACCUUAAGCCAUUAAUAGCAAGAGGAUUAUAGAUAAAAUAUGAGGCUGUGAGAAUGAAAAUGGCAAUACAGGAAUAAACAUUCUGAAACGAAACAUAAAACAGCAAACACGCAAAAGUGAAUCAUGAAUGUUUGAGCAGCAGCAGUGAACCAUGAGUAUCGGUACGUGUGCCUAAAUUCAUGAUUUGCUUCAACACAGCGCUCAUUCAAGAUUCACUUUUGAGAAUUUUCUUUCUUAGCGGCUUGAUAUUCAUAACGCACUGGCACCGACUCAAUGAUGUCAACAAUACAAAUCAAUUGUUCUAAUUUGCGUUGGUAUUGGUAGUCUCCACUGACACAGUACCAGAGUGCUAUGAAUAUUUGCUGUUGUGCAAACAGCACAGAUGCUCCCACUCUCUCUGAUGCGUUGUGAUUUUGCAAUGUUUGUUUGUUGUCGCAUUUCUUCUGUGUUAUUUUCCAUGCGCUACGGUUUCAGUGAUGUUGUCAUUUCACUCAUGUACAUUCAUUCUAAUGCUGUUCGUUCAUGUCAAUGUCGUAUAAUAAGCGGAGCUCGUUUACGUGCUAAGACUUAUGCAUCCCUGUUAUUCUUCGUCCAGAGAACUUAAUAUUUUUAACCAUUUAUGCAAGCAUACUCUAUUUUUUUCAAAAACCAAUUCGUUCAAUUGAAGUAUCGGGCGCCGCCAAAUGUACAAAUGAUUAGUUCACCAAUUUAGACAAACAUUCAACAACCAAAGUCAGAUAAACAUACUCCUGUUUAUUGGUAUUCCAAACUAACAAAAUACAUACUCUUGUUUAACGCAAAUCAAGGUCUAUGAUUUGAAAUAAUAUAUUUUGUCUGGAUUGAAUUAAAACUACGGUGAGUUUGGAAAUGAAUAACAUUUUUUUAAAACUGACUCAUGAAACGAAAACAUACAAAUGCGCAACGUAACAAAAAUAUUUACUGAAGUGCCGCUAAGAAAGGAAAUUCUCAAAAGUGAAUCUGGAAGAAGCGCUGUGUUGAAGUAAAUCAUGAAUUUACGCACACGUACCGAUACUCAUGGUUCACUGCUGCUGCUCAAACAUUCAUGAUUCACUUUUACCUGUUUGCUGUUUAAUGUUUCGUUUCAGAAUGUUUAUUCCUGUAUUGCCAUUUUCAUUCUCACAGCCUCAUAUGCAAAUGCAUUUCAUUUCAAUGUACAAAAGCUUUCGAAGAUUUUAGAGGAUUAAGUAUAUUUCCUUCAAACGAUUCUGAUUAGAAUUAUCACAUCUUCUCCCUUUCGAAAACUUACAAUUUACGCAAAUAGAAUAUAACAUAAGAUAUAAGUUUUAGGUGCAAUAAAAUAAAAUAUCUAUAAAUCAAAA